AUGGACCACCCGAGUCCGUCCGCCGACCGCAGCAGCGGUGCGGCACCACCACCACCACCAGGACCACCACCACCACCAGGAGCGACGACCAGACGAGAAGGAGAUGGGCCAGCUGGCGUAGUGGUAAUAUCCGACGACGAAAGUUCGGCCAGCUCAAUGUCGGAUGAGGAGGACUCAGGUACCGACCACAACCACGACGACAAGAAGCGUCAUCACCGCGACGGCACCACCCCCGCCGGCGGCAGAUAUAGACCCCAUACACCUACGCCGCCGCCGCAGCGACGCUCACAGCAACACGUUCCGCCGCCGCCUAGGGGGAGCAGGGAGAGAGAUAUUCGUGCGGAACGGCAUCGCGACUUGCGUGAACGUGAGCGUGAUCGGGAUAGGGAUAGGGAUAGGGAUAGGGAUCGCGACAGGGACAGAUCUCGGGGUCCGGACCCGAGGCGACGAGGAGGAGGGGGAGGAGGGGGAGGAGGAGGACUGCCACCAUCACCGCCACUGGACAGGGACCGGGAUCGAGAUCGAGACAGGGACCGGGACAGGGACAGAGAUCGCGACAGAGACUACGACAGAGACAGAGACAGUGACAGAAGUCUGCGCGACAGCCCGCCUCUGAGGGAUAGCCCUCGCCUACGAGACAGCCCUCGUAUAAGGGAACGAAAGCGGCAGAGCUUCGCGUUAGACGAAAAGUACCACGGCGGAGGGGGAGAAGGAGGCCGCAGCACCGUCAACGGCCACGCCAGGAGACAGCAGAGCGUGCCCCCCAACAGCGCCAACAACGGCGCAAAAAGGCAGAGCAUCACGGAGCGGCUCAUGAGCACCUGGACAGCGGCGCGGUCGGGCGCGGCGCGCGGCGCGGGGGAUCAUCCGCCGGGUGUCGGGGCCGCCGCCGCCGCCGCAGCAUCCACGCUCCCCUCGCGCCGCGCGUCGUCGGCCUCGACGGCGAGCAAGGCAUUCAACCCCGUCGGCAGGGUGCGCGAGUGGCUCGACACAUGUAAUGCCGAGCACGGCGACCACUGCUCCGGCCCGCCGACGGAUACGUGGCGGCCGAUAUGGCUGAUUGACUCGGUGAACCGGUGUCUCGUGCGCGCGAGGGCGACGGAUCGGUAUAUCGCGCUCAGCUACGUCUACGAGCCGCCGCUGCCUUCGUCGCGGGGUCCGGUGGAGACGUUGCGGGAGAACCUCGAAGUGUUGACGGCGAGCAUGGACGACGCGGAUAUCCCGCAGACGAUUCUGGAUGCCAUGUGGUUGGCAAGGAAACUGGGGAUUAAGUACCUCUGGGUCGACCGGUUCUGCAUCGUGCAAGACGACGAUGUGGAGAGGGAGGAGUACGUCAAGAACAUGGCGUACGUGUACGCCAACGCCUAUAUGACCAUCGUGGCGGCAGCGGGCGACGCCGAGUCCGGGUUGACGGGGUUGUUGCGGAGGACGCCGCCGCCGAGGGGCACCGCAGCGAGGAAGCACGAAGAUUUGGUGCUCUCAUCGCGGUGGGCGGGUCGGGCGUGGACGGUGCAGGAGGGCAUGUACUCGCGGCGGAAAGUGUACGUUUUCGAGGAGACGGUGACGUGGGAGUGCCACUGCGACUUGUGGCAAGGGCCGCCGGGCGCAGCGGGCGGCGGCGGCAGGUUCAGCAAGAUUCUCAAGGGCGGAGGGCUGGGGAGGCACGGCGGCGGCGGGGGGCCGUGUGCGUCGAGGACGUUCCCCGCGGCGACGGGGUACCUGCACCCCGUGUGGCCCGACAUGGACGAGUACGCGCGGAUCGCGAUGGAGUUUAGCGCGCGGCGGGUGACGCUCAUGUCGGACACCACGAGGGCGCUGCGGGGCAUCACGACGGUGCUGUCGCGGUCGUUUGCGGGCGGCUUCGUGUUCGGCAUGCCGGUGAGCUUCCUGGACGUCGCGAUGCUGUGGCAGCCGAGGGCGAUGGUGCGGCGGCGGCUGAUGGUGCAGCCCGUGACGGGGAUGAACCCGCUGCCGUCGUGGAGCUGGCUCGGGUGGCACUACGACGGCGUGCCCGCGGACCUGACGCUCUGGCGGGCGGCGGCGGAUUACGUCCAGGAGGCGCCUGCGCAUCACGGCAAGAGGGGCGCGGAGAGAAGGUUCAAGAGCCCCUACGCGUUCCGGUUGCGGUCGUUGGUGAGUUAUGAGCUCACGGACCGGGCGACGUAUACGCCGUUGCCGAAUGAUGGGAUGGCGUACCGAGAUCGAAGGCAUCGGAGGACGGUGCCGUUGCCUGCUGGGUGGUCGAGGAGCGGCGGCGGGUUCCGGUAUGCGGGGGAUCCGGAGGUUGUGUUUCGGUACCCGGUGCCCGUGGCGGAGAUGGCUGGCGGAGGAGGAGCGGACGGAGCCAUCCCGGGGGCGGGGUUGUCGCCGUUUGGUGACUUUGCGCUGAGCGCGACGCUGCUUUCGUUCAGCACGACGGUGGCGUACCUGGACGUCGACUUCGCCGUGGCUAGGAACGGGGCGCCGCUCGAUGCGAAGGCGGCUAACGCGGUGAACUCGGGGAAUAAUACGGGACCUGGCACGGGCUUGGUUGCUCCCGGACGAGGAUACGGCGUCCCGUUGGCGGUGGGCAAUAUCUGGUCGAGGACGGGCAAGUGGUGCGGCGUAGUGACGGCGCACGAUAGCUGGUUGGGCUUGCAAGGGGCGAACCAUACCGGGGAGGAGAAGCUCGAGUUCGUGGCCGUGUCGAUGGCCAGCGAGAGAGGGGGGAGUCAUGUGUUUGACCUGGAUGCGUUCCGGGAUAACAUGGACGAGGAUGAGAUUGUAGACUUUGUUAAUGUACUCUGGGUGGAGAGGGUUGGCGGGGUGUGUUACCGGAGGGGCCUCGGGCAUGUUGUACAGAGGGUGUGGGAUGCGGUUGCGAGGGACCGGAUUGAGGUACUCCUGGGAUAG